GAGAGCAAAAAAAAAGAAAUAUCAGCAGCAGGACAGCUUUUUCUUGAUCCAACGCCAUUUACUGGCCCUUUGGUUUUAUUAGCAGUAGAGACGAAAAAACACAGAUCUGAGGAGUAGUGAGGAAAACGCCCCAUUUCUGUAUAUCAGCUUCGUGUUCUGGAUUAUUGGGUCUCUCUUCCCGUAUUUACGCUUUGCUGACGUACUCCAUUCACCAGUAAGCAAAACCUACCGUAGUAGCAAACGACCCCCCCCCCUCCCCCGCCUCCAUUACCGAAACUGUUGGCCUCCGCGGUCGACCAGUGUAGUCUUGUCUUCUAGUAGCAAAGCGGUUCCUCCGCACACCGGCGAAUACGGGCUGCAGACGUGCGGCCGAUUUGCUUUUCAGUUGCGUUUUCUGUGCUUCUAGCGGUCGAACCCCGACGCCAUGACCAGCAUCUUCACCUUCGGCUCGCACGGAGCCAACUCCAUGGCGAAGCGGUACGGCGAGAUGGCCGCGAAGUCGUCCAAGUGCGGGUCUAAGAACUUCGUCUACACCAAGAGCCACGACGACGCGCACUCCUUCCCGCGCCACCACCACCGCCAGGGCGACAAUCCGGUGCGGCUGUGCUUCACCGUGCAGCGGUGGCGCUGGAUUUUCCACGAUUUCCGCAUGUUCGGCCUCUUCGGCGCCCUGCGCAAGCACUACUACAUUGGCGAGUCCUGGCGCCGCAAGGAUGAAAAGAUCUUCGUCGGCAAGGACGAGAACGGGAACAAGUACUGGCAAAGCCGUCGUGCGCAGGGCACCUUCCACGUGCGCAUGCUGGAGCCAGCCGACCCGCACUGGUUCCGUGGGCAGGCGCCCCACGCCGCAAGUCCGAUGUGGCUGAAGUGGAUGCAGGGCUCCGCCGCCCACACGCCGGCGCAGAUGCAAGCGCGUGGCGAGUGGGGCCACAACUCCCGCCUGGGCAUGCCACUGCCCUUCAACAUCAAGUACAACGACUGGUCGCCGCUGAACGCGGGUGAGAUCUACUCCCGCGACCCUACGUGGGUGGCGGCGCCGGGUCUGCUCGUGAACCCGGAGCGUCGCGCGCUGCAGGAGGCGGGCUACUCGCGCUGGGUGCGCGAGAAGGGCCAGCCGCUGUACAUGCCGUUCUGCGGUGUGCACGACGGCUCGGACGAGUUAGUGGAGGAGUUCUACCGCGGUCAGUGGGCCUUUGGUCGCGAGAGCAAGGGUAACGAUCACGAUGAGUGGAAGAAUUAG